UCUGGGACCUUCUGCAUGCCAAGCAGGUGCGACUGCUGUCCUUCUGAGGCCCAGGGAGAAGACCUUGCCCUCCACCCCACCAUGCUCCGAAGGCUCCUGGAUCGGCCCUGCACUUUGGCUCUUCUCAUUGGCUUCCAGUUUGCCUUCAUGGCUUAUUUCUCCUUUGGUGGCUUCCGGAACUUGGCCUCGAUAUUUGGUCACGACGCCAAUCCGUCCUUCGACUACUCCCGGACCCACGACGUCUACACCAACCUCAGCCUCCUGCCUCAGCAACCCCGCUAUGGGAGCCCCACUCAGUCUCUACCCUACUGCCCGGAGCGGUCGCCUUACCUCAUUGGCCCCCUGACGGUGAGCUUCAGCCAGGUGCCGAAUCUGGAGCAGAUCCAAGAGAAGAACCCGGCGGUGGGCCUCGGGGGCAGGUACCGCCCUUCCGCCUGCGAGCCACGCUCCCGGACAGCCAUCAUCAUCCCACACCGCAACCGGGAGACCCAUCUGCGCCACUUGCUCUACUACUUGCACCCCUUUCUCCAGCGCCAGCAGCUGCAAUAUGGGAUCUAUGUGGUUCAUCAGGCUGGGAAUGCAACUUUCAACCGGGCCAAGCUGCUGAAUGUGGGCGUGAAGGAAGCCCUAAAGGAUGAGGAGUGGAACUGCCUCUUCCUCCACGAUGUUGACCUCAUUCCCGAGAACGACCACAAUCUCUACAUCUGCGACCCGUGGAGUCCUAAGCAUGUCUCUGUCGCCAUGAACAAGUUUGGCUACAACCUCCCAUAUUCGCAGUACUUUGGUGGUGUGUCGGCCCUAACCCCAGACCAGUACCUAAAGAUCAAUGGCUUCCCCAACGAGUACUGGGGCUGGGGAGGCGAGGACGACGACAUCGCCACAAGGGUACGCCUGGCCGGCAUGAAGAUCUCACGGCCUCCUGUCUCUGUCGGCCACUACAAGAUGGUGAAGCAUAAGGGAGAUAAAGGCAACGAGGAGAAUCCACACAGGUUUGACCUGCUGAUCAGGACGCAUCGGGCUUGGACCCAGGACGGGAUGAACUCCCUCUCGUACACGCUCCUCUCCAAGGAUCUGCAGCCUCUCUACACCAACAUCACGGCCGACAUCGGCACCAACCCUCGGGCCACCCGGGGCGGGAAGGGCUCGAUCCCCAGCCUCGGCGGCAGGAACUAUCCGAGCGGCAGCAACCACGACUUCCGCCAGGAGAUGCUGCGCAAGACUCCGUUUGCCAAACUCUCCCGGGCCAUGGGUUGGGGGGAAGUGCCAUUCGGGACCAUCCAGGCCCUGCUGGAUUCGGCGACUGGAGAGCGGGGGGCUCCCAAACCGGAGAAGACGAAAACCAGCCCCACAGCGGGGAAGGCGGAGAAGGAGGUGGGAUCCCACCGUGCGGCGGCUGGCAGCGCCAGGCCAGGAAUCCUCAGAACGGUUGUCCUGGCGGCGGCACCCAGUGCGGAAGCUGCGAAGCGAGAAGCAGAGGGUGCUGGGAAGCAUCUACCCGGGCAAGCGGAGGCAGAGUCUUCCAAGACCCCUGCCUCCCCGGCCCAGAAGCGCAUGAGCAAUCACACUGGCCCAGGAAGCGCCGGCUAGGGCGGGUGCAGUGCAAGCCGGUGGGCACUAGGCACCACAGCCAAGCCUCAAGCCUCUAGAACCAAUCGUAGGAGUUGCAAUAAUAAUCAGGCUGUGGCCUAGAGCCCAUUGGGCUGGCUUCUCUGUGUCUGCUGGGUCAGCAGGCCUGGGUCAGCAGGCCCAACAAACCCGGACUGGACAAUGGAGAGAGACCUGGGAGGGGCGAUAAAUGGUAGUUAAAUUUCCACUGGGGGGGGGGGGGAGAAUACACUCCACAUUCUGACUCCUGAUUCCACCUGCGGUGCCGUCUCCUCCCGAAGGCAGGAAACUUUGGCCCUACCUCAGAGGUGCCACCAACCUUCUGCAGAAGAGUUAGGCCUCGCUGCUGUGUAGCCAUAACCCCUUGGCUUUGGGGCUGACUCUCACUAUGGGGCCCGGGGGUGUUCUGUACCGUUAAAGGGGGGCAUUAAGCUGAUGUGACAUUUGCGUGCUGGUGGAUUUUGUCUGAGGCAGUGGACAGAACAGGGGGGAAGAGGCGGCUGCGUACG